GUUUAUCCGAAUACGGGUAGGAAAAUAAAAAAAGCCAAAAGUAAAUAUCCGUGUAAAAACAUAGCACGGAUGAUCCUGCUGUACAGUUCGGGAUUAUUAAAUAGAGCAGCUUUUAUUUUUGAUAUUUUAACUGUAAAUAGUUGAGAUUUGUCAGAUUUAUAUCGCGAGACAGGAGAGAAAUGAGAUUACUGUUCCUAGCUUGCCUCAGUCCUAAAACUGGGAACUGUACUACUGCCGAAAGGAUAAGGGAUCAUAUCGAGAGCGCAGGUCAUGUGUGUGCGCUUCGGGACACCAGAGAGUUCAGCUCGGCUUCUGAGGUAACGCUGCUGAUGAGUCAAGCUCAAGAACCGUUUGAUGCAGCGCUGGCGAUCCAUCUGUUUAAAGGAGGAAGACUGCUCUUAGGUGUCAGCAUGCCUUUCGGAGUGGUUUUCGGAGGGACGGACAUCAACGAAGACGUGAAAGAUGAACACAAGCGAAGAGUCAUGGAGGACGUUCUGCACAGAGCCAGGUUUGCCGUAGCAUUCACAGAGGAGAUGAAGCAGAAAGCGGAGACUUACUUGGACUGUGACAUCACUAAGGUCUGCGUGCAAGCUCAAGGAAUUGAGACGAAAUUGAGCUCUGACUUCAGCUGGACAGAUUUCUUACACACUUCAGGAGUGUGUGUGGAUCGAGUAGACGACCUACACGUGUUCCUGUUAGUGUGUGGACUCAGAAAAGUGAAGGACCCUCUGUACCUGCUGAAUGCCUUCUCAGAAUGGCAUGCCCAGAACCCUCUGGUGAUCCUCAUCAUCAUCGGCCCAAAGAUCGAUCCUGUACUUAGCUCUGAAGUUGAAGAGUGUGUGAAGAGAUCUGCUGGAGUAUUUCUGGCAGUAGAGAGGAGUCAGGAGGAACUUCACACUGCCAUGAGGAAAUCAUUCGCCGUGGUCAACUCGUCCGUUUCUGAAGGCAUGUCCGCCGCCAUCUUAGAGGCCAUGGAUUUGCGUGUACCGGUAUUAGCGAGGGAUAUUCCUGGGAAUGCUGCUAUUGUCCAACACGAACACAGCGGUCUGCUCUACUCGUCCCCUGAGGAGUUCGUGCUUCUGUCAAAGAGACUGCUGAGUGACAAGAAACUGCAGGAGAACCUGAGAGCCAACGGUAAACGCUAUGUUACGGAGAGACACGACUCUGUGAAAGAGAGAACGACGUACCAACAGCUGAUGGAAAAACUGCAAUAAAUAACACACAGAGAAGCUUCACUGUUUUUCUGCUUUGCUCAAAUUUUAGUUCGAGGAGAACGUCUCAAGGUUCUCUUUUCUAUUUUUAACACGUGAUUUCUUUAAUACAGGUGAAACCGUUUUAAACACUUGAGCCCAAGGGAACAAACAGUUUCCGUUUAAACCUACACGAGUGAUGUUUCAAUCUGUUCGUAACAAUCAAUGCUGCAACAAAAACAUUUCAGGAAUUUUUUUGAUAAAGAUAUUAAAGAAAUGAGUUUUUAUAAAUGCUUGGUUUCAUUGCACUAGGAAAAGAGUUUCAGUUUAUGUUUACGUAACAGAAAAAUAGUCUUCACUAACAGUUUCAGUAUUUCAGGUGCUUUGUCUUAUGGAAACAUUUUUGACGGUUCAGAGCUCUAUACUGAGCGUAAUGAGUGUCUGUAAGAUGGAGGAAAACUUUUUUAAACCAAACACCAGGGUCAAUUUUAUCCUGAGCAGCUAAAAGAUACAAAAAUACAAUUGCAUCAUUGAGCUAAUGCAAAUAAGACAUAAUUACGUAUAUGGCUUGGUGCUAAUAUUACAUUUUCAGACCUUUUGUGGUUAAAGUCUCUUGAAUGACAUCAUUCACAUAUUAAGUACCUAAUUAGUCUAUCAAGAUUGGCGAACUUAACACUUUAUAAUGUUAAUAUAUCCAUUAUACAUGCACUUUAUGUAUGUGUAUAUAUAAAGUUAUUCCAUGAAAUCGAGUCGUACAUGAGCUGAUAGCUGAUGAGUCGCGUACCGUAGCACCGAGUUGUCUAUAAUCCAUGUACGACAAGAUUGAGUGGAAUAACUGUUUUAUUCUAUCCACAUUCACUGAAUUUUGAGAAACAGAGCAUUUUUAUUUUUUUGCAAAUUCGAUAAAUGAAAACUUUAUACAAAACGUCCGACAAACUCAUUUCCGCUUAGAAUCUAAACAAACUGGCGAAAUGACAGGAGCAAUUUGUGAAAAUUGCUGUAAUAAUAAUAAUAAUAAUAAUAAUAAUAAUUCUCGAAAUUUUUUUAAAAAGAUAUGUUCUUACCAUCAAAUACUUUUAUUCCAUAUUUUGUUGCUUUUUUUGUAUUUUUUGGGGUUUUGUUUUCGAGUAGAGUUUUUAUUUCAUCCUUGGCUGGUUCAGUAACACAUUCCACCAUUUUGUUUUUCUCUACUCACGGUAUAUAUCCUAGUAGUAGAGUAGCCAAUCAGAGCAUGUGAUUGCUCAUAUCCAGUGAAUAAAUAGAUAGAAUAAAUAGGUGUGUGUAUUUCUUCCAUCACUUAACCUCAAAUUGGACAAUUAGAAAUUACUAGCAGGUCUGUAGAUUAGACAGUACAGACAGUAUGUACGUUCUUCUGUGCUUUGCUUGUCCCUUUGAAGGAACCCUUAAAUAUUCUUUGCAGAACCCUACAACAGGUAUUUUCUUCCAAGUAAAGGCAUUUUACGUACAGUUUAAACCCUUAAUUGUUGAAUAAAUCUUUAAGCAACCCUUGAAGAACAUUUUUUCCCUGCUCAUUUUUUUUUUUAAUAUCUAGAACCUGUAAGGAGUUUAACAUUUAGUUCUUGUUUCGGAGUUCCCCUUUUAGAAAAAAAUGGUUCUUUCAGUGUUCACUGGAUAAUUAAUAGUUCUUAGCUUCAAGAAAAGGAAAUCUUCCUGAUAGGACACGACUUGUAGAGGGUUUUACCCAAAGGGACAGCUGAAGAACCGCAUUUUCAAAUUGUCUUAAUACCUGUUAUUUAUUCAGGGAGGCCAUGGCCUAAAGGUCAGAGAAGCAGCUUUAGGAGUAGAAGGUUGCUGGUUUGAUUCCCUGGACCAGCAGGAAUGACUGAAGUGCCCUUGAAUAAGGCACCGAACCUCCAACUGCUCCCCAGGCUGCUCUGGGUGUGUUGUACAUUGCUCUGGAAAAGAGUGUCUGCUCAACACCAUUAUUUUUUUUUUCUAAUUAUCCAGUUUGAGUAAAUGACAAUAAUUAAUGAAUAAAAUACUUCUUUAAACUUAAUGUAAUUAAUGUUGCAAGUGUUUAAUAUAAACUUUCGAUGAUUAUCGUGAUAUGAUAUUCCGGUACUAAGUAGGAAUGUAGGACUGAUUUCCAUGGCAACCAGUUUAUAGGUCUGGUGUUCCACUGUUUCAAUGAUGUACUGUUUACAGUAAUUUAAGUAAGGGAUAAUAAACAGGAAGCUGGUCAUUUUUGCGAAAUAAACCCCAACAGGGUGAUGCAGGUCCCUGACAUGAUGCCACAGGAUCUUGACUCACACUGAAGGGGUUUAGAUUGCGAUAAUGACCUGUUUGCUGAAAAUGAUCCUGCUUAUUACACGGCUACUUAGUAAAGAAAUCAAUCUUUUGACACAAAAUACUGAUUUUAAAUGAUUUUAUUGAUUUAAAAAAAAUUGUUUUAAAGCUUGUGCUAAAAAAAAAAUAAAGUCUAUCAGAUUCUACAGUUGAACUGUGUCCACAGCAAUGUAAGCUCUGGAGUCUUUUUAAGAUUAGCCUACUUAGCAUUAAAAUUCAUGUUAAACCAAAUAUUAAGAUUAAUAUUAGAAAAAAAAUCUUCCGUAGUGUUUUCUGAUGGAGUAAGGUGGGGUUUCUUUCUUUCUUUCUUUCUUUCUUUCUUUCUUUCUUUCUUUCUUUUUGCCACAGGGUGUUGCGAAUGAGCUGUCGUUGUUAAUUUGACUAUUAAAGCAAAAAAGUUACAGGGCUUGCAGAAUGAUAUGAUUGGACGCAGUUCUCCAGAGUCCAUGAUCAGACAUGUGUCCAGAGCAAUGGUCUGUUAUUCAUAGCUGCAGCAUGCUAAUUCGGAAAUAGCACACCACAGAAUCCCAUAAUUGACCAAUCAGAAUCGAGCAUUUGACAAAGCCGUGUAAUAAAUCCAUAUAAUCCAUAUAGGAGGCUUUACUGGAAUUCUGAACUAUAUACUGUAAGUACUGCAGACCAAGUUCAGCAGUUCUCCAGCUAUGGGUUUGAAUUUGUUUUGAGGAAUAAUCUUUACAUACAGCAGGUUAUGAGGUAACAUAAUACAGUUGAUUUUAAUAAAUGUAAAUGUUGUAAAUGCUCAAAGAAAGGUUUCUGAAAAAUAUCUAUUCAUUAUUCUAUUGAAUGAAAGCAGUUGGUGCAUUACUUCUGAACGCAUUGCGUGGUAAAAA